GUGGGAGAGGACGACGGCCGGCGGGGCGGGAGGUGCGGGGGCUGGAGGCGGCCCUAGCGCCAUUUUGUGGGAGCGAAGCGGUAGCUGGGCUGCCCGUGGAUCCCUCGCUCCGUCAGUGUCCCUGUCGGGCUCCCCAGCAGCGGCCUAGCGGGAAAAUAAAAGAUGUCUGAGUAUAUUCGGGUAACUGAAGAUGAGAAUGACGAGCCCAUUGAAAUACCAUCAGAAGACGACGGAACAGUGCUGCUGUCCACAGUUACAGCCCAGUUUCCGGGAGCGUGUGGGCUGCGCUACAGGAAUCCAGUGUCUCAGUGUAUGCGAGGUGUCCGGCUGGUGGAAGGAAUUCUACACGCCCCCGAUGCUGGCUGGGGGAAUCUGGUAUAUGUUGUCAACUAUCCCAAAGAUAACAAAAGAAAAAUGGAUGAGACAGAUGCUUCCUCAGCAGUGAAAGUGAAAAGAGCAGUUCAGAAAACCUCUGAUCUAAUAGUGUUGGGUCUCCCGUGGAAAACAACUGAACAGGAUCUAAAAGAAUAUUUUAGUACCUUUGGAGAAGUUCUUAUGGUUCAGGUCAAAAAAGAUAUUAAAACUGGCCAUUCAAAGGGGUUUGGCUUUGUUCGUUUUACGGAAUAUGAAACGCAAGUGAAAGUAAUGUCACAGCGACAUAUGAUAGAUGGACGAUGGUGUGACUGUAAACUUCCUAAUUCUAAGCAAAGCCCAGAUGAGCCUUUGAGAAGCAGAAAGGUGUUUGUGGGGCGUUGUACAGAGGACAUGACUGCUGAUGAGUUGCGGCAGUUCUUUUGCCAGUAUGGAGAAGUGGUAGAUGUCUUCAUUCCCAAACCGUUCAGGGCUUUUGCCUUUGUUACAUUUGCAGAUGAUCAGGUUGCCCAGUCUCUUUGUGGAGAGGACUUGAUCAUUAAAGGAAUCAGCGUACAUAUAUCCAAUGCUGAACCUAAGCACAAUAGCAAUAGACAGUUAGAAAGAAGUGGAAGAUUUGGUGGUAAUCCAGGUGGCUUUGGGAAUCAGGGUGGAUUUGGUAACAGUAGAGGGGGUGGAGCUGGCUUGGGAAAUAAUCAAGGUAGUAAUAUGGGUGGAGGGAUGAACUUCGGUGCUUUCAGCAUUAAUCCUGCAAUGAUGGCUGCAGCUCAGGCAGCCCUACAGAGCAGCUGGGGUAUGAUGGGCAUGUUAGCCAGUCAGCAGAACCAGUCAGGCCCCUCGGGUAAUAACCAAAGCCAAGGCAACAUGCAGAGGGAGCCAAAUCAGGCCUUUGGUUCUGGAAAUAACUCUUACAGUGGUUCAAAUUCAGGUGCAGCAAUUGGUUGGGGAUCAGCAUCAAAUGCAGGGUCAGGCAGUGGUUUUAAUGGGGGCUUUGGCUCAAGCAUGGAUUCUAAAUCUUCUGGCUGGGGAAUGUAGACAAAAGUUUUGGUUGGUGGGUAUAGACUGGUGGGAAUUCAAAUUUUUCUAAACUCAUGGUAAGUAUAUUGUAAAAUACAUAUGUACUAAGAAUUUUCGAAAUUGGUUCAGUGUGGAGUAUAUUCAGCAGUAUUUUUGACAUUUUUCUUUAGAAAAAGAGGAAGAGCUAAAGGAAUUUUCUAAGUUUUGUUACAUAAAGGGUUGAAAUAUUGAGUGUUUGAAAGUGAACUGCUGUCUGCCUGAUUGGUAAAAACCAACACACUACAAUUGGCAUCAAAAGGUUUCUCCUGUAAUUAUUUUAUCCCUGGACUUGUCAAGUGAAUCCUUUGCAUGUUCAAAAUGGAAACCAUUGAUUAGAAAUACAUUCUUUUCUCCUUGUUUUAAUUUGAACCCCACCAUAUGGAUUUUUCCUUAGGAAAAUCUCCUUUUCAGAGAUCAUGGUGUCACAGUGUUUAGUUCUUUUGUUUUUGUUUGUUUUUUUUAACACUGUCUCCCUUCAUGUGCAAAAGUACAAUAUGAAGCCUUCAUUUAAUCUCUGCAGUUCAUCUCAUUUCAAAUGUUUAUGGAAGAAGCACUUCAUUGAAAGUUGUGCUGUAAAUACUCUGCCAUAGGAAUACUUCUGUCUACAUGCUUUCUCAUUCAAGAAUUCGUCAUCACGCCUCACAGGCUGCGUCUUUGACGGUGGGUGUCCCAUUUUUAUCCGCUACUCUUUAUUUCAUGGAGUCGUAUCAACGCUAUGAACGCAAGGCUGUGAUAUGGAACCAGAAGGCUGUUUGAACUUUUGAAACCUUGUGUGGGAUUGAUGGUGGUGCCGAGGCAUGAAAGGCUAGUAUGAGCGAGAAAAGGAGAGCGCGUGCAGAGACUUGGUGGUGCAAAAUGGAUAUUUUUUAACUUGGCGAGAUGUGUCUCUCAAUCCUGUGGCUUUGGUGAGAGAGUGUGCAGAGAGCAAUGAUAGCAAAUAAUGUACGAAUGUUUUUUGCAUUCAAAGGACAUCCACAUCUGUUGGAAGACUUUAAGUGAGUUUUGUUCUUAGGUAACCUACGUUAGUUGAAUGUGUUAAGUGAAACGAUACUUGUAUUUCCCCUACCCCUUUGUCAACUGCUGUGAAUGCUGUAUGGUGUGUGUUCUCUUCUGUUACUGAUCUGUAAGUGUGGUCACGUGAACUGAAGCUGAUGGGUUGAGAACAUGGACUGAGCUUGUGGUGUGCUUUGCAGGAGUACUUGGAAGCAGAGUUCACCAGUGAGCUCGGGGUGUCUCACAGAAGGGUGGAAGUUCUAAUGUCUGUUAGCUACCCAUAAGAAUGCUGUUUGCUGCAGUUCUGUGUCCUGUGCUUGGAUGCUUUUUAUAAGAGUUGUCAAUGUUGGAAAUUCUUAAAUAAAACUGAUUUAAAUAA